UGAGACAGGGAGCAGAGAGCUCAUCCGGCACAUUGAGGGACGUCCAGGUCCUCAUCUGCGCUCUGUACAGCAUCAGCACCAGCCGCUGCGUGAGAAACAACCCGAGUCGCAUCCCCGCGGAGAGCAGCACUGCGUGCGCUUCAUUCAAUCUGGAGCGUCAGAUGGUGCAAGAUGCACCGCUUCUUUGUCCUACUCUACCCCCGGACAAUGCAAGUUAACGCUGGAAGGGACCAAUAGCCUAGUAGUUGAGGGACCCGUUUCAGCUGCACUGAAAGGUUUCUACAGGACGCGCGCUUGGAUUAUUGUCCUUCUCGCGCAUUUCCUACUGGACAGCCAAACGCGCACCGCGGGCUUCCGGAGAAAUAAAGCGAAUCAUUGCUGUUUAAAAUGUGUUAAUUCGGUUUUCUUUUUCCCGAGGGAGGAGCAAUGAGAGCGUAAACAACACUGGGUGGCUUUGUUUCAGAGACACGGACCCGUGGAAGAUCACACUGACAUGUCUUUCAGUGCCGGAUUUGGAGCUACCGUUAUUUCUCCACUGACUUAGGGAAGUGUUGUUCGUAUCUAUUUGACUUGGCAUAAGAGCUCAGUUCUACUUUUCUAACAAACACAUGCAGUUUUCUUCAUAUCUUCGCUUGGGAUGCUUUCAUCGGAAGGGCGUAUUUGAUUCGCGUCUAUCGCCUUUGGAGUGAAGAAAGACCCCUUUAAACCCGUUGCCUCGGCGUUAUCUGGAGGAGUUACAGCGAUCCACGUGGAAACACGGACUCGAAGGAGGGCAAAAUGGGCUGUUGCAGUGGUAGAUGCACGCUGGCAUUUAUAUGUGGCAUGCAGUUGAUCAGCAUUCUGGAGAGACAGAUAUUUGAUUUUCUUGGAUACCAGUGGGCUCCAAUCCUCACAAACUUCAUCCAUAUCAUCACAGUGAUUCUAGGCCUCUUUGGGACAGUACAGUUCAGACCACGAUAUGUGACUGGGUAUGCAGUCUGGUUGGUGCUGUGGGUCGCCUGGAACGUCUUCAUCAUCUGUUUCUAUUUGGAAGUGGGUGACCUUUCAAAGGACACGGACCUGAUUAUGACCUUCAACAUCUCCAUGCAUCGCUCCUGGUGGAUGGAGAACAGCCCGGGGUGCAGGGUGACCCCCGUGACCCCUCCUCCCUCCUGGGCCCCAGAGGACCACCGCUACAUCAGCAUCGCCGGCUGCCUGCUGGAGUACCAGUAUGUGGAGGUGGCCCACAGUUCCUUGCAGAUUAUCCUAGCUCUUGCUGGGUUCAUCUAUGCCUGUUAUGUUGUGAAGCUCAUUUCUGAAGAGGAGGACAGCUUUGACUUUAUAGGAGGGUUUGAUUCGUACGGUUACCAAGGGCCACAGAAGACGUCACAUUUGCAACUACAACCAAUGUACAUGGCAAAGUAAAAGGACAACUGCCUUAUCAGCCAAUCAAAACAACGAACUGAUGUUUGGACAUGUCUUUCUACAUAAAUAUCUUAACAUGAUAGUGUCUUAUAAACUGUCGGAGGAACACAGAACCGACACUUUAACUUCAAAGACUCCAAGUGGAUUUUCUUUGUCUAUGCCCAGAGCACUGCCUUCAGGCGCGAGAGAGCCCUCGUGUGGAGAAACCCCUCAGCAGACUCUCACCAUUGAGGCCAUUAGCAGUGCAAAACGGAAGAGCAGAUUGAGCGGAAAUAUCUGCAAUAAGAAAGACAUGGAAUCGUGCAAUGGACCGAGUGGAUAUAGUGUCAGUGUCUCCAACUGGCUUUCACGGAAACCAUCCAUACUUAAAGAAUGUUCAUUAACUAGUCAGUAUGAUAUUAGUUAUCUACUCCUACAAUCUUUCAAAUGGUGACUGGAGUCGAGAGUCAUUAUUCCAGUUGUGUUUACAAAGGGUCAUUCCGAGCAUUGGAAUUACCGUCGAUGUUUAAUUGCAUCCCAAGUAGUUUUUCUUCUUUCUCCUGGAUGUACUUGUCUUGAAAGUGCCAAGAACAGUUACGGAAAAAAAACAAAAACAAAUAAAGAAAUAAGUAGCUGCUAAGAGAUUCAUAUUUUUUGGAGUUAAAUGAAAGUUAAAAGAAAAUAUGAUUUUAUCCGUUCUACGUCACCAUGGGAUCAGCCGUAUUUGUUUGCAUGCGGUGUCAAAAUCUGUCGCGUAUUUAAUAUCUUUCAGCUAGACAUAGGCCGACCUUAGAUGGGGUAGCAGUCACUCCAAAAGGUUACUUGUGAAUAUUGUUGUUUUUUAAGACGGUGUUGAGUCUUGUUAACAAGAUAACGGAUAGAAAACCAAUUGUAACUUCUUUCUAUUUUAAGCCUUUUUUAACGUGUGCAGGUGUUCACUAUUUUGUAGUAGACUAAUAAUUUAUUAUGCCGUGUAAGUGGGCCUUUCUUUUCGAUAUUCCUGUACAUAUUGAGAGAGGUAGGGAUAGAGAUGCAGUAUUUCUAGUGAUGUGAUGUGUCGAGGAGGUGUGUGAAAGAGUCUAAUCGAGUUAGAACGCUUUGUUUUGUGUAGUAACAGGAGCCCAAGAAUGAUGACUUCUCAACGCAGUUGUUCCCCAACUUUCAAGCGAGAGGUUAGAAUUGCGCUGAUGCCGAAGCUAUUCAGGUGUUCCCCCUUGAUUUAGCUGUGCUGUAUGGCUUCUUUUGUAACCUGCCUCCUGAAUGAAUACCAACAAAUAGUUUUUUAAAGCUGCACUUUCAAUCGCAUAAAAUACUCUGCAUAUUGUAGCCCUUGGAUGAUGCGUGAAAGCAUGAAAUGUCUUCAUUUUGGUCAAACGGCCAUGCCAAACACAGCUGAAUAAUGUUUUUUCCCCUCCUUCAACUGAUAAUGGAUGAUGAAAUAUGUAUUUCUCCACUGUAUAUAAUCGUUUCCCUUAAACUGAUUCUGGUAACUGUGUGGAGUUAACGUCUAUCUGCGGUUUGUGGAAUUUUCUGAGAGAAAGUGCCUAAAAUGACAUCCUGUUAACAUUCCAAUAAAUGGCAAUCUGCUCUCACCCAGUAAAUAAACAGAGGGUCUGUCUGAGCUGUGUUUAAUCAAACCCCUUGUGGACUGCACUGGGAAAGCUAAGUGGCUUUGAUAAUUAAUAAAGAUAUUUUAGCCACACCACUCUCCAGACCUCACUGGCAAAUAA